AUGAAUCGCUCCUCUGAGACAACGCUUCUUGGUCUCGACAACACAGGCUCGUACUGGAUCAUCGGCCCCUGUUGUGACAACACAGCGUCAAUAUUCGUCAUUAAUGAGACCGGGCCAAACGUCAACGUAGAGGAGCUCUUCGGCACACAGAGUAAUAUUCUGCAUAGUGAAACAUUUCAAGAGCUUGAAGCAAGACGAUUUGGGCAGGCGUGGUACAUCAAAGAUUUUCAAACUUUCGAAACGGCCUGUGACAUUGUCUGCAUCCACAGACUUCGUGGGGGGACGGUUCCCGACCAAAUCACCAGCAAGGGAGACUGGAUAAUUAAAGAUAUCGACAUUGUCAGAACGGUCCUUUCCCCAAAGACUCUGCUUGACUCUCCCAAGAAAUCGGCUUCGAUGUCGAAAAGGCCAAGAGACGAUCUGGUUGAACUGUCAAUCUGGCCGGAGCGACGUCAACUGGAUAAAAACGCGCCUACGCUUGGGCGAGGAGAUACGUACAGGCCCAACUAUGACGACCAUCGGCCGAGUGCUUUGUCGUCAGCUAGGACAAAGCAAAGCGCCGAGUAUCCAGCUGUCAGAAGGCUAUCCAUCUCUCCUGGUCGAGACAUGCAGAAUGGCGUAAAUACAUCAAAGUAUGAUGACCGACUUGACAAGCCUAGGCGGCCAAUGCAGCAGCUGCGGCAGAUGAACUCGGUAGCAAGUGGAGCCCCACUCAGGCCACAUGAGGUCUCUAGUACUGCAUCAAAGAGGCUCAGUGGCGAUCACAGGACUCAACACCACACAAGUCCCGUGGGUAUGAAAAAGGAUUUCUCAGGGGUCCCUCGUGGACCAAAAUUACAUUCUCGACCCCGUCCACCACAUGGGCACGAUUCUCAGCAGAAACUCUACUCGCGAGCAGUGGAAGAAAAGAACCCUGAUAUCAUAUCAUACAAAAAUCUCGCCCGGCUAAAGGAGAGGCCCCAUAUCUUCAUCUCAAGCUCCCACCUGCCGUUCAUGCCACAGACUGUCCCGCAUCUACGGAACUUCUUUACUAAGCAAGAUUUCCCUUAUGUCUCCGUCAAGGCGGCGUUGCACGGAUAUUACGUAUUCUUUCCUGACAACGGCUUUGGACGGAAAGAACUGCAGCAAUGUUAUAAGCGCACCAACGAGUCAACCUUAUUUGGCCAGUAUACAUUGCAUAUGGAGCCCCGCAUUGAUGGAGAACUGUCACCCAUCCGUCUGUCGAAUGACGGCGAGAAGGAGGAUCAGAAACUAGGAGAACCGCUCGCAAGAUCUGAAAGCAGAUUUGAGAACUUGGCGUUACCUGUUGAUGGCCUCCUUGCAUCACGGUUGCGAACAAAGGCUGAUGAUGAGAUCUCCAUCACACCAUCUGAGAUCUCUUCUGCAACAACAAGAGCGAGAACGCACUGCGCCGAGUGUAAAAGCAACCAUUUCCCAUCCUACGAUCCAAAGUUCGGCUGCACAACAUGUCCUCGCCACUAUCAUGCAAGAUGCAGAAAACCGCAGCCUCGGCCCAGCGAGGAUAGGGCUGCAUGGCAGUGCAAUUACUGCAUCAAGAAAGGAAGGCCGAAAUCAGAUCUGCGAAAUGGCACACAGAAGGAGGGAUGGCAUCCGACCGGACAGCUCCAAAUGGGGGCCUCGGCUCGAGAUCUCAACGAAGCGGUGACCCAAAGCGGAGCAUCGGAGCCACGCACGGGCAAUAGUAUGAAUUCGCAGAGUGAAAUCCUAGAUCCACGGCUGCGAAACAGACCAGGAGGAUUUAAAGGGCUUGCCGCAUCACCAGAGGUGCACAAGCAUUCCUCAAGCAUGCAUCCUAUACAGGGUCAUAACCACAACGUAAACAUAGCAGGAGUUACCGAAUUUCUGCGCAACAUGCAACCUCAUCCUGAAAUCCAAGUGAGUCCGGAAAGACACCAACAGCAUCCUACGGCAAAUGCAGAAGCAGCGAACCCCGCACUCAGCUCUCAUGUUGGUCUACCAGCUUCCGAAUCUUCCGAUCGAUCUGCAGCAUUGGAGAAAACCAGAAUUUCUGGAGCAUCUUCAAAAGAUCAUGCAUUACCUUGGGGCGUUAACCAGGCGGAUCUUUCACCGGAGAUACCCGACCUUUCCCUCGACAUCGAUGAGGCAUCUCUAGGGGAGCAAUCAAAAUCAUCGACCGAUAAGGCCAUUCGGGUAGUGAGCAACGGCUCCCCUGAGCCUAUCACAUGUGGGCCAGAGAUAUCGAAAUCUCCACAAGACAAGAGACUCCACUCGCGACCACGGUGCAGCAUGUGUGGCAAGCCACUGUUCUCUGCGCUAGAAAAGACAGAGGAUGCGACAUGGUUAGUCGGUGCUCUCCCAUCGUUUGAGGCCAAAAAAGCUGACAUGUCAACAAGCGCUCGGUGCAAAAAUGAACAAGAGCUAGAGGGAAAGGACUCAACUGUCCCUAGAUCAUCUAAGACAGCUGAAGAAAUUUGGCGGCGGAGAUUGCAACCGGAGAAAAGCCGUGAGGACGGGGGACCUUCAUCAACGGAAGCAGCCUGCCAGGAUGCUGAAGCUCCUCGGCCUAUCAGCGAGCCAUCACAUCCCAAGCAAUCGGUUGAGACGCCCACGCCCAAGAGCGGAAAGCAGCCCAGUCGGGCUGGUCGUUCGCCGGCGUCGCAGUCCAUUGCGGAGACUGAAGUUGAAGACGGCAGUGAGGAUACAUCUGAUGAUUUGGAAGACAGUUUGGAGAGCAUAACUUCAGCUGCAACGGCUGAGGGACAAGCUGACGCAGAGACGCCGUUAACGACUAGCGGUGGCCCGAGCGUCGGGGCGAACCGACCAGAGGGCCGAGCCUCGCCUCCUGUCAACACAAACAUCAACAAUGACGACGCCGCGGGCAUGGAAUCCGACCAUGCACAUUCUGCCAUCGGCUCUGAAGGCGCGCGAGAUAGUCGCACCCGUGCCGUGUCAGGUGCGCGGCCGAAUGUCGGCCGCAAAGGCGCCAGUGCCGCUGAACCUCCAGCCAAACUGCCAGCUAGUUUCAGCUGGCCAGACCUGAUAGGAUUUGCCCUGGCAGAAGCGAGCGACCACCGCAUGACUGCAGCUCAAGUCCAUCAGUGGAUCGCGGACAACGUCGAAAAUUACAAUACCAACAACACUACCCAGAGAAGCAGCAUAGCCGCCACCCUUAGCCAGCAGAAGAUGAAGUUCCCCAAAACCGAGCCCAUCAUGGAAGGCUCCAGGCAGCUCUGCCGCUGGAAGCUCUCAUCCGACUGGGUACUGAACUACAAGGCCGGUCUCGAAGACGAGCGCGAAAAACUGAGUAAGACGACGUCGCAAGGCGGGCGCCGCGGCCUGACGCCGCGGCGCAAAGAGCUCAAUGAUGCUCCAAAAGCUGCUCGUGAUGCGCCCAUCAUGUCCGCCUCAAAGCCAGCUCAGUCGCAAAAGGAGAGCGCAAAGACGGCCAUGCACACCGAGGAAACGCCCAUGUUCAUUAAGCGACACAGAGUCGCGCACGAUGCUGACGGGCGUGACAUUGUUGUUGGUUUCAAGGACAUCCCGAUAGAGAAGUGGACGCAGCUUGCUGCAGUCGAGUCUUUCAGAAAACACGGCUCGAGAUUGUACAUUGGCGACUAUAUCAAGGCUCCUCUUCCCAAUCGCUUCAGAUUCGCUGAUUAUACUCACAAACCUUUGGUGCAGACCAUUGCCCAGAUUGAGGAGAUUAGGCAACGGCGCGACGGACCUGGUUACGCUGUUCUCGUCCAGUGGUUUCUCACGAAAGAGGCAGCCGAGUGGUGGAAGUGCCGGCUGGUCAAAUCACUAUGGCCAAAGGAUGAAAGAGCCGGCGUUUAUGUACCCGCCACCGUCUGGGACAUCCUCACUUCAGAUUUCGUUGCCGAGCAAGAAAGGCUUGAUGCUGAGGAGGCGAAGCGCCAGAUUGUCCCGGGCAUGUUCUUCGACCUGGACACCGACAAAGGACGGCUCUACCUGAAAGAGGGUUGCGGACCAGAAGUCGGCAUUGCAUUCGGGCCUCUCUCUUCGGAUGAGCAAAAAAGUGAAGCUGAGGAUAAUACCGCAUGUGGCUUGAACCGGCCGGAAGAGCUGUCAUCUGUUCCUUCACGCCAAAUCGACCACCUUCCCGAACAAACCAAGUCCACCGUUGAAAUAGGCGAAGUGUUGGAGCAACCCUCGCCACCCAAGCCUUUGGACCUCGUCCAUUACGUGUCUCCUCGCAGGACUGGGCCGAGUCCAUUGGCAGAAGCGAGUCGCACAGAGUUCUCCACUCAAGGCUCACCUGUUCAAGCUGAGCACGAGUCGCCCCUAGACCUGGAUCUCGAACGGCAGCUGUUCACACCAUCACCUCAAAGUAGACCAACCGUGGAAGCAGAACAUGUGCCUGAGUCCAGGACAGUAUCCCGAAGCGCUCAUACACCAACCAUUGAACGGCCUGCCAAGAGACAGAAGACAGAGGUCACUGAUGGAGAGCAAGAGGCUAUCCGUGCCCUUCUUCAAAAGGAACGCGAGAAUGCAAAAUACGAAACCAAGGAUCUCUGGACUGCAGCACCGGAAUACGACCCGGCCAACGAUCUUUGGGACCGCGAAGCAAAAAUCGCCGAGAUCAAGGCACGUCCGAGCCGUAAGGCGCGCUUCAUGCAGAAUCUCGCAUACGCGCGAUUGGACCGGCCACCCAACGCUUUGUACGUCGAAGUCGAGCGCCCCUUACCAAAGACAUACAGAGCCCCUCCUCCCGACCGUCCGGGCAGCGGAUACAGCCAUUCCAGUUCCGUCAAGGCAGCUCCGAGAGCGGACAGCGCCCGAUCCAACUUGGACACGGACGACGCGUGGAACUCGGACUCGAACGACACGGACAUACCAGACGCGCCGACGCAGGCGACGGCGACGACGAUGACAACAGGGGACGCGCUGGCUGGCACCGCAGAAGCGUCGUACGACGACGCGGACUUGGAGAAGCCGGAGAUGUUCGACACGCUGGAGGAGCUCCUGGGCUUGCCGGCGAAUUUCGUCCCUACGCUGUAUGACGGCCGGUUGGCGUUCCGAGAUGGCACGAUGGGGCUGGAUGGGAGGAGGCCGCGCGCGAAGAAGAUAUUCAAGGUGGGGAGAAACGUGCCGGGGGAGUUGAAGUGA